CACUCUGCAAUGAGCAUAGUAGAUGAGAUAGCACGUACUGAUGUUAUAAAAUAGUGCAUUUGCACACCGAAGAACCUAAGUACCAUAUUUGGCGGUGAUCUCUUCAGAUUAGACAGCACCGAAAUGGCGCCCAAACAAGGGCUUUUCCAGGAAGACAAUUGCGAACGACCGGCAUGUGACGAAAUGAAGGCGGUUCUUCCUACAUCGAUGGCAGAACUAGAAGAGAUGAAGAAAAAGUACGAGAAGCAAAGAAAGAAACAAGUAGAGUGUCCACCAAAGAGUACUGAACUAGGACGGAAUACAUGGUCGUUCCUUCACAGCAUGGCCGCCUGGUACCCAGAUCGACCCACGACGAAACAAAAGGAUGGGAUGGUGAAUUUCUUCCACACACUGGCAGAAUUCUACCCCUGCACGUAUUGCGCUGAGGACUUUCAACAGAACAUCAAGAAGAUUCCAGUCGAAGCGGAGUCACGGACCGAUCUCUGUCUCUGGCUAUGUAAGCAACACAACGAUGUCAACGAAAAACUGGGGAAGCCGUUAUUUGAGUGCAGUAUGAAAAAUCUUGAUGAACGGUGGAGAAAAUCGUCAGCUUCAAAAUGCAACAAAUAAUAUCAACGUUAAAUUCUGCUUACUAAAAGGGAAAAUGACGGAUAUGACAUUUCAACGUGACGAUUAAGUCAUGGUCUCUGUAGGCUCCAAGUUCAUGCAGCAAAAUCAUUAUUUCCUUUGGCAUGUUAUCGCCUUUAUAUGGUCUACACCUGUGAUGUCGCGUUUUUGAAUUCUUUUGUUGCAAUUUCUAUAAACGUACGCAUUGAUGUUCUAUUCAUACUGCAAACUUGUAGCUGGAUUGUAAAGUAUGUUGUGUACUGGUGUGCUGACCACGAUGCACUCAAUGAGAAAUAAAUUUUGGCAACGAAA